AUGAACCUCCUCGUACUCCUCGCUUGCAUCACUCUGACGUGCGCAGAUAUCACCAACACCACUGAGAAUGUCACGUCAACCGAACCCCCGACCGACUCAACCAAUUCAACCAAAGAAAUCCUCAAGGCCAGUGAAACCGGCGACCCAACCAAAACCGAAAUAGUGAAACAAAUCCGCCGCCUCAACGAAGAUGGAUCGUACACCAUCGGCUACGAAGCCAACGACGGGACAUUCAAAAUAGAGAGCCGUGACGUCUUAGGAAACGUGAAAGGAACUUUUGGAUAUCUUGAUGAAGGUGGGGAAAUUAAACGCGUCACGUAUACUUCCUCGGGUGACAGCACACCUGUUCCAGUGACGACCAACACCACGCCGACUACACCAACAAUGGUUGUGAGGGUGAAUAAAACAGUCUCGUCGACGACUAGAAGGCCUCUUGCAACUGUAGUGUAUCCAAGAGGCAGUGCAACUACUAGAGGUACGGUGAUCCAAGCGAUACCGCGACGUAGACCGAGCUUGAUGCGGUCAACCACCGAAUCAUCUACCGAAAAGGAUAAGCUCGAAGAAACUACGGCCAGUUCUCAGAACCUUUAUCGAAAAGAAGAUAUUAUGAAAACUCGGGUGCAAUUAACAAAGCCCGUGUCUGUGACUGUGAAAGACGAUUUAAUUACAAAACAGACGACAACUGCAGCACCUUUAACGUUAAAAUCUGUGUAUGAACAUCACAAUGACAAAGAACAUGAUUCUAAUAAGUCUAAUGGUAUCAGACGUGAACUUGCUGGAACGAGUUCUAACCAUCACAUGGUGAAUUUGCAGCAGUCGAUGGGUGAUGAUUCAACUGACGUGUACGGGAGCCAUCUGUCACACGGAACUUUGCGUCCUCUUUUUACAACAACAACAACAACCCGACCCAGACUGAUACCGUUACAUUCUUUGCUAGCAUCGAGACAGAAAAUACAACAGAAAUAUCAAGACACAAAUUUAGAAGAUCAGGAAACAACUAUAGAAGCGAGUACAGGUCGUGUUUUCGAUCACGAAAACGUAGUGACGUCAAAUCCAGUGCCAGUGAUUCACAUACCAGCUCAUAGACCCGUGGAUGAACGAGAUUAUGAGCAGCCUUUAUAUCAACGACCUUCAACAAUCCAGUUCCGGACCCAAGAAUACUUGAGGGACAACCCUGGAGCACCGAUACCUAUAGGUAACCAGCGGCCCUUUCUCCACUUUGAAUACCAGGACAAAGUAUUGGAACCUCAGUAUGGAAAGGAACACCCUCAACAAAAGGCAUCUGAGGCGUCGUCAGUUCCAUACGAAUUAAGACCAGUUACAAGAGUAGUUCAAAUACCAGUGGACGAGAGGGGUGUUCCUAUUCAAGGCUACGAAGCGAGAUUCGUCAACCCUUAUCGAAGUCAGCCUCAGUACCAGAGAUACGAACCGAUCGACGAAAUGCAAUCUAUCUCGGCACCUGUAAGUACAAGAGAUUUUAAACGCUUGCUUCACAUUUUGAUACUAAGACAAAACCGUUUGCAAAAUUUAAUGGAUCAGUUAAUGCCCGGGCCGCCGUAUCAGCCUGUGUCGUACCGCCGCGAGACGUACCAGCCCCGGCAUUAUCAAGACGAUAACCGUUACGAUUACAGAUACGAACCGCGGUAUAGACAAGACGUGUAUUCAAACCAAGUGCAAUACGACGAUCAGUAUGAGAGCCAGAGGUACGUGCCUCGGCGACGAUACACCCGCCCGUACGAUUCCCAAAGUUCCGCUUCUAACCACAUUGACGAAAUACCCGAGUACCUUCCCGUCGAGGUCAGGGAAGCUUUACUCCUGAAGAUGCUUCUGCUUGCAAUCAAUCCUGACUAUGCGCCCACUCCAGCACCAGCUACCGAACUCACCACUGCAGCACCGACGCGUAAACAGGUGAGGAACGUUCAAAUACUCGGAGAGGAUGGCUCCACGAAAACAAAAUCAACACCGAGUAGGCACUAG